GAGAGAGAGAGAGAGAGAGAGAGAGAGAGAGAGAGAGAGAGAGAGAGAGAGAGAGAGAGAGAGAGAUGGCAGUGGUGGAAAUGGGAGAGGAGAACGAUUGGGAUGAUACGUAUUGGUUUCCAGAUGACGUGUGGUUCGGUGUGCUGAGGCAGGUGGUGGACGAGAAAACGAGGAACUCGCUGUCGCUAGUGUCCAAGAAAUUCUAUCUUCUGGAGCGCAGUUCUCGGGCGUUCAUUUCUCUUCCUUUCCUUAACUUGGAGGACGAAGCCAUGGCUAGAGAGCUGCUCCGUAGGUACCCCAAUUUGCGCCACGUGGCAGCUCGAUUAAGUCGCACGAAGCGUCCAGGUCGGGGUCGCGUGCGCAAUGAUGGCGAUCGACUGCUGCGUCUGCUUUCGUCAUCUACCGGUUGCCGUCGUCUUCAGUGUCUGGAGAUCUCUGUUUCGGACCUCAGGGUCGGUGGAGGUUCGUCGUUUGCUUCGUCUGUGAGCAGCGGAGGUGGCUGUGCCCCCUCCCCCCACUUUGCUACUGGAUCCAAGUAUAUUUUUAACGAGGAUAUGGAGGCGGAACCGAUACCGUCUAGUCGCAGCAAGCAGGUAGUUUUGAGGGCGCCAUCGCUCGAAAUUUUCUGCGACGCUUUUGGCGCCCACCUCCAAGCGGUCAAUCUCUCCAUGUGUGCGUUAGGUCCCGACGAGGUGGCCAUUAUCCUGCGCCGCUGCCAACGACUAGAGAUAGCUUCAUUAUCGUGCAAUGUGUCGGCAUCUUCUUCGUCUUCCUCCUCCUUUUCUGUUGGGCAUCCUCCUCAAGCUUCUGUCCCGGCGGGAAACCGCUCCUUCGAUAAUGGCCGACGCGACGACCAUGGUGCUCAAGAAACGAGGGAGGAGGGUAUGAUGACGAUGCAGAGAAGGAGAUGGACCGCCGGCGGCGGCGGCGGCGGAUUCUGCCCGCUGCCUACCCCCCGGCCGCCUUGUCUGCCUCCUCAUCGACGACGGUUCGGUCCCGAUCUCGACGUCCUGGCCACGUGCGUCAAUCGCUCUCUCCGCCAUCUCAUUCUCCGCAGCUGCCAUUCCGAUCGGGUCGUGCUCGCUCUUGUCGACACGUGUCCAGAUUUGCGCGCUCUGACCAUCGACCGCUGUCCGCUUACGCUGAUGUUCGAUCUUGGCGGCGCGCCGUGCUUUAGGGAGGGCGGAUCUCUUGAGGAACUGACGCUCUGUCGGCUGUAUUCCGCGGACGUUGACGUCAACCGCACUUUCAUGGAAUGGAGGGGGGGAUGGAACGUGGGGAGGGUGAUGGAGCAGAGGGGGGAGGGAAGGGGGGAAGGCGGCGGAGGAGGGGGAGGGCCCGGGGAAGACGAGUGUUUGGAGGCGUUCGCCAUGGGUAUCUCCUCCUCCUCCUCCUCCUCUUCCUCCUCCUCCUCCUCCUCCUCCUCUCCUGACUCGUCUGCUGACGGUGGCUGCAAUCUCCGUCGAUUAACGAUCCAGACAGACACUAAGGCACCCCACCAGGAGUCGGCAUUCUCUGGUUCGGGGCUGAUUGCGCUGGGUCGGGCUUUACCUCGGCUAGAAUCGCUUACUCUCUCCUCUUACUGUGGGUUAAAAGACGAUCAGAUUGGAGCAUUCAUUGACACGUGUCCGUCUCUGAGGCGUUUGUCUCUGCACUCUCUCGCAUUCUUUUCGCAGCGUUCGCCCCAGUUGGGAUCGGGAUCUGGGCGCGGCGAGCACGCAGCGCUGGGUGUUGGUCGCAUUUGCUUGUCUUCGCUCGCGCGACGCGGAAUGCGACGGCGUGCAGCGGACAACGAGCAGGACGAGGAGUACAAGGCGGAGGAGGAGGACGAGGAGGGGGAGGGGGAGGGGGAGGCGGGGACGAAGACGAAUUUGAAUUUGAAUUUGACCCGCUCCUUAUCUUCCCCCGCUCUCCCGCAGCUCCCCCCCACUCUCCUCCCCUCUUUUGCGCCGAUCGAGGAGAUUGACUUCAUCCGAUGUGGCAGUUUGUCGGGAUGCGGCUUUGCAGAGGCAAUGCGAGGUUGCGGACAUUCUCUUCGUGUUCUUCGUCUUCAAGACUGUAAUCUCGAAGCCGCGGCUAUUACCGCCAUAGCCCGUCAUUGCAAGCUGUUGCGCACGUUGGAUCUGCGCUAUGAAGAGGGGAUUCGAUGGGGGGGGGUAGGGGCGAUCUGCAGGGGUUGUCCGCUCCUCUGCGAGUUCCGUCUUUGGUUCUGCGGUGUCCUGUGUGAUGAAGACUUAAGAGACAUCGCUAUGUGCGCGACGCAAGUGGUCGUCUUGGCUGUCAUGGAAUGCCCGCCCGUUGCCGCCGUCGGCCGCACGAAGAUGCCCCCUCUGUCGACGGCGGGUGUGGAAACGCUGCUCGACAGAGGAUCGUGUCCGAAGCUUGGGAGAUUAGAAGUGGAAACGACUUUUGUGAGUGAGAGGGCGAGAGCCCUCGCACGCGAGAGAGGAGUCGACCUGAGGACUUUCAACGUCAGGGCCUGUGCCGAACCUGAUUCCUGACCAAGUGAGGAACCUCAAUCGUAACCAGUGUCGAUCCUGAUCGCUCUACGAUGCUCCCUUUUUACUGAAGGCGGGUGUGGAAACGCUGCUGCUCGAGAGAGGAUCACGUUCGAAGCUUGGGAGAUCGGAAAUGGAAACCACGUUGGUGAGCGAGAGGGCGAGAGGGCGAGAUCGCUCGCACGCGAGAGAAGGAGUCGACCUAAGGAAACCACGUUGGUGAGCGAGAGGGCGAGACCUGAAUCCUGACCAGUGUCGUCAACGUCAGGGCCUGUGCCGAACCUGAUUCCUGACAAGU